AUGUCCCAAGUCCAGCCGCUGUUGAGGUUCGAUCCGUCCGUGCGCCACUACCAGCUGACCCUGAACGUCUUGGCGUCGUUCGGUCAGGACGUUGGGCAAUAUGGGCGACAGAGUGCUCCGCUGGACUACCUGGUCGAUGUCGUGCUAGGUGUCCUGGAUGUUCGCCUGGAGAACACCACGAUUCCCGGAAUCCUGGCUGCGGACGCAUCCUCAUCCGCCGACUUCGUCGUCUCGGUGCCCAGUGACGUGGAGUCGACGGCUUUGGGUCUCCGCAUUGGCCCCUUCUCCCAGCUUCUCACGAUCACUGGCUCUGAGAACUACACCGAGAACCUGCUGAUACGGACGCGGUACUUCAUCACCAUCGCCAACAUCGUGGGUUUGGGCAGCGAGCAUCCGGUCGUCAUAGAAAUCAGACCGCCGCUGGACAGCAUCUACCCGACGCUGGACGUUCGUACAAUCUACCUGGUCAGCUUCCAGCCACCAGUGGUGAUCGAGAUCGUGACGAACAUGUUCAACAACACGAUCUCCAUUACGCAGACCACGCAGCUCACGGUGACAGGGACGAACCUGGCGGUGCCGUCCAACUACACUGCGGAGCCCAUCAGUGCGGAGAUUUUCGUCGCGGGCAUCCCAGCGACGUGCACCACUUCGGAAUGCCAAGAGCCAGUGCUCCAAUCACUCCUGACCACUGGGGCAGAGAACCUUUGCACGAACCUCGUGGUGAUUUCGACCGACACACUGAGAUGCGGAGUGACUCCCACAGCCAACGCGCGGCUCGGCCUUUGCCUGGUGCUUCGACGCGGCCUCUUCUCCGACCGGUUCUGCGCCUCUUUCGGACCACCCGGCUCCGUUCAGCCCGAGCAGCCGGCCGUGGGAGGACUUGAGCAGCCUUCCCAAGACAUGUCCAACUCGGAGCCUAUGAUCGUCGUGGUGGAUGGCACGCUUCCACCGGACAAUGUCUCCCAGGGCUACCUUCAGGUGUGGGGGACGCCAUUCGAUGACAUUCCGCCCGACGUUUCGAACCCGGGAGCUGGGUACCAGCCAUUGUGCGCGCAGGCAGUGGCGUCCGGCAACCGCACCAUCACAUGCUACCGCAACCAAAACUUCAACGUCUCGCAACUGGGUGCCCAGCCCAGCAUCUACGUCCAGAGUGGACCGGAUGCCACGUCCUCCAACGUCAUUUCCGGCGGACUUCAGAUAACUCAGCCGCGGAUCACUCAGAUCGUCCGCAACCACGAGUUUGAAGUUGGUGCUCUCCAAGUCACUAUUCAGGGCGAGAACUUCGGCACGCAGGCGAACGGCAACAUGGUUGUUCAAGUGGAGACCUUUGGGGCCAACACGCAGUCGGUGCCGGACUUGCAAUUGGCAGAGGAUUUGGGUACGCCCACCCACUUCGUCAACUGCAUCGUGGUGUCCCACACGGACACGGAAGUCACCUGCGAGGUGCCAAGCCAGAGCCUUUUCGGUGCCGAAGUUUCGAGCGAAUACUACAGCGAGACGGUGGAGGUGGAUGAGGAAGCGGGGCGUCGACUGCAGGAGGUGGGCGAGCCGAUUGACUUGGCCAAGCUCGCCCUACGCCUCUCGCAGCUGCCAGUGGCCUUCUCCGUGUCCUACGAGCUGGACUGCUCCGUGCUGCAGAGGCUUAACCUGACCUGCGGCAGCAAGCCAGAGGGCCUUUCUCUGAACCAGAGGGAGUGGCAAGCAGUGCGAUUGAAGCCGUGUCCCGCGGGAGAGCGGCGCGUCAACUACACAGGCACCGAGUGCGUCCAGUGCCUUCCGGGCAAGUACAAGAGUGGAGUCGGUCCAGCUCUCUUUUGCGAAAACUGCAACAUCGGCUUCUACAUGGGCUUGCCGGGUGCAGGCGCCUGCCAGGCAUGUCCACCCCACGAGACGACGAACAUCACCGGUGCCACGGAAAUCGUCUCCUGCGACUGUGCACCGGGCUACUUCCGCACCACGGGCAACGAGACGGAAUGGGAGCUGGCCAGCUUCCACGGCGUUUGUCAGCCCUGCCCGGUUGGAGCCAUUUGUGAUGGCGGCCCCACGCUGCCCUACUCGGAUGAUGGCUACUGGACCCCUGACAGGUUUGAAUUCUGGCCAUGCUUCCCCUUCCACGCUUGCAUGCAAGGACACGCGGAUGAUCCGAACGAGUGCGAAGACACCCGCGAUCAAGACUCCGUCCGAUGUGGCCAGUGCCACACCGAUGCUUACGCGCAUCAAAGUGAGUGCUACUCCUGCCGCGCACCGGAUGUGCUGAUAGCCUGGCUGGGCCCCUUCCUGUAUCCCCUGCUGAUGAUCUUUGGCUUCCUGCCACCGUUGAUUCGAUCUCUGCGCUCCAUGGACAUGGACCAUACGAAGAAAGCACGGAGAUUGAUCCGCACCGAGAAGCACACGAGCUGGCUAGGUCGACUGGCCGAGUCAGAUCACGGAGAGUUCCGGAUGAUCAUCAUCAUGGUGACCUGCCUCCAGACGCUCUGGAUCGUUUCUCUGAUGCCUUUGCCCUACACCCGCUUUACGCAAGACUGGCUCUGGGCUCUAGGCAUUGUGGCUUGGGACCUCUCCAUCUUCCGGCCGCAGUGUGCGUUCAAGCUGUCCUACUUCAUGAAGUGGUUCUUGCAGUGGUUCACAUUCUUCGUGAUGGUGUCCGUGCUUGCCAUGCUGAUGAUGAUCUACUGCCACUCGCACAAGAACAGAAACCACGACCUCGGCUACAUCCGCCCAAAGCGCGGUUUCCUUGGCGUCGUCUCCUGCACGCUGAUGUUGCUCCUGCUGGUGCACCUCCGCGACGACUUGGUCUUUGUUGGGUGCAUCCCCUGCGAGAACAACAAGUGGUGUUUGGCCUAUCAGCCGGUGAUCGAAUGUGCUACCACGAACUGGGAGUGGACUACCAUGAGCGUGCUCUCCAUCCUGGAUCUGCUCUUCGUGAUCCUGGCAUCCAUCCCGGUCAUCGCGAUCUGCAUCGUGAAGUCAUGGAAGUGGCAGCACGGGGAUACGAUCGGCUUGGAUCCCGACUUCUCUGCGCCCUGGUACAUCUUCUUCUCGGAGUUCUGGGUGAAGCGGCAUCGUGGCUACAUCCAGGAGGUGAGACAGGCCGUCCCCGAGUUCCAGCUGAUCUUCAGGGAAGAUCAGGAGGCUGCCGAGAUGCACCAGGAGCUGUGGCAAAAGGCAAUCGACCUCAUUUUGGCCCAGGAAGCUGAGAAGGCAGAGCUGCUGUUGAUUCGGGUCAUUCGGCAUCUGUAUGCGCACAGCCCGCGGUUCAGGGUGAUCGAUGAGGACGAAGGUCCCACUUUCCAGAUCAUCCGUGGCCUGAGGGACUACAUCGUUGGCGAUGUCCGGCAUGGGAAUGAGCUGGGUGGCCUGAGCAUCGGCCUGCUGCCACCCAUCGAGGAGAAUCGGAACGAGAUACCCGAGGAGGAUGAACCGCAGCCUCCCGACACUGGCGAUCCGCCAGAAAAGAUCACUCGGCUUGAUGACCCGGAUGACGAGCCGGCGAAGAUCACGCGCCUGGACGACUCGGAGGAGGAGGAGUUCUCGGAGGUCUUCGCAGCGAGCUUGGCAUUACCCAGCCGAGACAGCCGAAGUCGAGACGCGGAUCCUGAGGCCCCGCCGGAGCCGCAGCCGUCGAAGCCGGAUGGACCCGAUCCGGAGGAGCCCUCCGUCGAUCCGGGUCCUGAUGAGCCAGUUCCGAAGCCUCCCGACGACCCACCUCUGCCGCAGCCGGAGGAGAAGUUGAAGGUGUCCGACGUUCACCACGUGACGCUCACAUUGGAGAACCUCCUGGACUAUGCCAAAUGGACCAUCCCGGGCGCCCGGGCAUUCAAGCGAGUUCUGUCGUAUUCCUGGUGCUUCAUCUUGCUCCUGACAAGAUUUGCAGUCAUCAUCUACGCGAUGCUGAUGCGAAGAGAUCUUGCUGGACUACCUCUUGUGUAUAUGCUGAUCACAUUGGGGUACGUCAUCCUUGAAGCCACCCUCCAGCCGUACGUGUGGACCUAUCUCAACGACUGGGAAGUCACCGUCCACGUGCUCAUCUAUGUGUUCUUGCUCUUCGUCAUCUCAGGGUGGUCGGACACUGCCACUGAAGUGUUGGUGGUUGUGGCCACCCUCGCGGCGAUCAUACCCGUGAUCCUCCGCUUCUUGAUCCUCUUCCUCGGGGAGGAGGACACGGAGGAUCCGACCGACAUGAGCAUUGCGAGGGGAGUUGCCUCCUACCACCUCCAUCAGCUCACGGACGGAGGGGGUACCGUUUCUCUUGGAGCUUCCUCCGUCUCGUCGACCUCCACCACGAGUUCCGUGUCGACCGUGGGUGGUGAGAUGGAACACGUUCGAAAGUACAUUGAGCUAGUUAAGAAGCGGCAUAUCACUGUCGUGGAGAAGACUCUGGACGAUCAUGGUCAAGAAGUGGAGCGAACCACUCACACGGAGGAAGUGGAGACGGAAGGGGUUACGUACUCGUUCGACAUGACCAAAUCCGAGGUGGCAAAAGUCAUGCAGGGCGUGAAGGACGAGAAGCCGCGACCAGACCAAGGUGGUGACGAUGUUGGUGAUCAUCACCAGAUCACUGCCGACGAAACAGGCCUCAUUCCCCUCACGGAGCUGGACGUGCAGUCUGAGAUCAUAUCCGAGGGAGAAGACAUACAAACGAGUGCUGUAUAG